GUUAGAGGAACUCACCCCCGUCCACACACAAACAACGCUUCUACAGGACGACAAAAACUCGGAUUGUGACGCCAAGCACACCCUCACCAAUUGAAGAGACUCACAGUCAAGCGUUGCCUUUGCUUCUUUUCUUGUAGCCCCCAUCGCUACUGUUCAUCAUGUCCAACAGUCUUUACGAUGACGGCUCGUACAAUGCCUUCCGCGUCCCUUUCUACCGCACACGCAAGUUUUUCAUCGGAGUCACUCUUUCGGUCAUGCUACUGAUUGCGAUCGUUGCCGUGGUAGUUUCCGGGAACAAGGGAUCCGAGUUUGCAGCGCUAGGAAAUUCCUCCACCCCUCGUGUUCCGGAAAUAGAAGUCUCGGAAUCUACUCUUCAAGAAAACGAAGCGGAACUCGGAGCCGCCCUGAUCCAACUUUACGAUCGAUUGGACAUUCCGUGGAAUGGACUAUACGAAGACGCUACUCCUCAGGGCAGGGCCUUGCAAGCUGUGGCGGGUACAAAGCUCUACGCUUCGUUGGACCGCGUUCGUAGUGUCCAGCGCUACGCCCUCGGAGUCUUUUACUACUCUACCUUUGCGGUUGCGCAUCCGUACUUGGAAGCCGAGGACACCCGUCCCUGGGGUUCCAGUGAUUUCUGGAUGAGCAGUACUCCCGAGUGUGAGUGGGAGGGCAUCACGUGUGAUGACAGUGGUCGUGUCGCAGCGAUCGAUUUGUCAAGCAACUAUCUGUCCGGGACGCUUCCACUGGAACUUGCACUUUUGGACAAGCUUGUGGGUCUGAAUCUGGCAAACAACUAUAUAUUCGGGGAAGGUGCCAGCAACGACGUCUGGAGCUAUUUGCCAAACCUACAGGACCUUAUGAUGGACGAUAACUUUGUGAUUGCCACCACGGGACUACCAUCCCAAAUGAAGAGCUUGGAAUCGAUUCAGAAGUUGUCUGUUUCUUACAAUCUACUGCAGGGUGUUCUGGAUGGCGAGAUUAUCGGCAAUAUGCAGCGUCUGUCACAUCUGGAAGUGGAAUCAAACUAUAUUUCUGGUGAACUUCCCGUGGAACUUGGAACUCUGCCCGAUUUGGUCUACUUUUACAUCCGCCGUAACAGUCUUUCGUUCAACUUGAACAAGCUCAUCGUGCCGAACCGAUUUCCAAAGAUCUUCGCGUUGUGGCUCGACUCCAACCCUAUUACGGGAACGAUUCCUAGCGAGAUUGGAACGCUGACCACACUCACAUCCUUCAGCCUCACCAAUGCCACUUUGACGGGGAAAAUUCCCUCCGAAAUGGGCAAUUUGGCCAAAAUGAAGCGUUGCUGGUUGUACGACAAUGCGUUGACUGGGACAAUCCCACAAGCUUUGUCGAGUUGGGUCGACUUGCAAGUUUUGGAAGUGUCUGGAAACAACUUUGUCGGAGACAUGCCUCAAGGUGUGUGCGACGCCAUUACGGCCUCAGACUACCAGUUCAAAACCUUAUCAGCGGAUUGUACCCGUAUCGCCUGCGAAGGAUGUUGUACGGAAUGUGAAAACAGUUAAACGACAUUUUUUUGGGUAGAAAGCAAUACCCUUUUAUAUUUUAACACUUGAGAUUAUGUUUACUUUGUCUC